AUGCGGCUCCUGAAUUCCGAGUCUCUUCGACUCCGAGAGUUUUACGAUGACAGCGUCCCCCUCUACGCGAUCCUCUCCCACACGUGGGAAGACGACGAAGUCACUUUUCAAGACCUUACCGGCUCUGCCGGUCUAACCAAGGCUGGCUUCUCCAAGAUCCGAGCAUGCUGCAGCCAGGCUAUUAGGGACGGCUAUGAGUGGAUAUGGGUCGACACUUGCUGCAUCGACAAGACGUCAAGUGCUGAGCUCUCCGAGGCCAUCAACUCCAUGUUUCGAUGGUACCGCGAGUCCGCCGUUUGCUACGUCUACCUGAGCGACCUGCCGCCUCAGAGUCCCGGGCGCUUCGACUCUGCAAGCUUUAUGGCUGCCAGCUGGUUUACCAGGGGGUGGACUCUCCAAGAGCUCAUCGCCCCUCAUCAUGUUGAGUUCUACGAUCAGGCGUGGAAUGAUGUUGGGACCAAGACGUCUCUCAUGGACUUGAUACAUGAGAGGACUGGGAUCCGAUGUGAUGUUCUGUCCGGCCGGUGCUUGUUGACAUGGGUCCCCGUCGCCGAGCGCAUGUCAUGGGCAUCUAACAGGAAAACCUCAAGACGGGAAGACAUAGCCUACUGUCUCCUCGGCAUCUUCGACAUCCACAUGCCCCUUCUAUACGGAGAGGGCCCCCGAGCCUUCGUGCGCCUUCAGCAAGAGAUCCUUCGGAACUCGGAAGACCUCAGCAUUCUACUAUGGGCCCGUGACGAACCCAAUGCACAUCUCAUUACCUUGGGUGUCCUUGCACCAAGCCCCGACGCCUUUGAUGACAUACCGGUAUGGAAUCUCCAUGGGAAACAGCUCGGGAAACUAACGAGGAGUUGGAGCGGCCUCCACAGCUCCAAGCUCGUCCACGAGCGGAUCGGACCACCUGCCCUCGUCAAGCGCGAAGAUUCUGAGCCUCCAACCAUAACGAGUCGUGGUUUACGCACUCGGUUGCCCAGGGUUGGAGACCGGCACGGUGAUGAAGAGGAGGACGUAGAAGGAUUAUACGCUUGUACCAUGGGCAUAGGUCCUGUGCGAGGUGUGCUGAAGCUGAAUCACGACUAUUUGGCCGGCUACCUAUGUAUCAAACUAACCGACAAGUUUCCCUUGUCCCGUCAAACGGGUCCCAUCCAGAGGGCAGAAUCAGAUCGUCUGUAUCUCAUUACAGAGGACGACGAACCCAUCUUCACCACGUCCUCUCCCAUGUACAUCAACAUGGACCACGAAUGGCCAAAUUUUCCCCCGAGAAUCGACGGGAUCGAAGUGGUCUUCUCCCAUGAUUACAAAUCCCUGUUUGUUCCCAGUAUCUCCCGCCUUGCGGCUGAUGACUGGCCGUUCGUCAUUCCGGGGACCAGAUACAUCAUUUCCAGCUACUGCUACAUUGAGCAAGGGAAACCCGGGAUAUUCCAUGUAAACUGGUCUGGCAACCCCGGCACAACUCAUGAAACCCUGGAGUACAAUGUCAUUGUCGCGAUCGCUAUAGACGAUCACCAAGGAAAUGCCACCAGACGCGGCAAAGACCACAUCGUGUUUUGCGCCAGUGCGGACCAAGACCUCGUUAGAGAAAUCCUGAGCAAGGAGGCGGGCUCAGAGCCUGGAACGACGUAUAUCGACCUCUUGAAACGGUCGAACCAACACAGAUGGGCUGAUCGAUAUGCAGAGGUUCUACCAGGAGGCAGCCAUGUCUUUCAGGGAGCCAUCAAAGUGAGGAACCUGGUUCCGAGAUUGAUCGUUUCCAUCGGAGCGUAUAAAGAAUCGUGCGAGAUGCAGGAAGAUUGA